AUGGUCCUAAACCAUAAAUCUAAAUGUUUAUAUUGUGGACUUGAGAAACAAUCAUCUGAAAUGAGACCAGUCCCGAUAGACAACGAAAAACGGUUGAAAAAAUGGAUCGAGAGACUCGGCGAAGAAUUUGCUGCAAAUCUCAAAAAGGCAAUCGCAGACUCUGCGGAACACUUUCCUAUUUGUCGAUAUCAUUUUCCAAAAAACCUUGAUAAGUUAUCUGAGAAAUUUAACCCCAGGCUACUCCCGAUUGCCAACAAAGAUUGUGAGUUUUUUUUUGCUUCUAAUGUUUUUACAAUUAAAAUUGUUGAUUUUCAGAUUAUAAGCCGAGAAAGAUAUACAAAAAAAAGACGCCAAUGGUAAGUUGACACGUAGUAGCUUAGGUUAAGUGAAACCUGUUACUAUUCAGACCGAUGAUUCUGUAGAUGUUGGACCAAUACAAUAUGGUGCUCCUCGAGUUUGUAGAAAAAUUGCUAAAGAGCAAUGCGCAUAUUGUAGAGAAAUAAAAAGGAUAUUCGAAAUGACAUUUGUCACGGGAAACAGAAGAGAAUUGACGAAAUGGGUUGCUAUUCUUGGAAAUGAUUUUGCUUAUUAUAUCAGAUGGAAUUCUAGAAGAUUGAUUUGUUUGUCACAUUUUGAACUUGCACCUGGUGCAACAGAAAUUCAACCGGGACAACUUCCGGUGGCGAAUUAUGAGAAAAAGAAGACAAAUGAACCAUCUACUAGUCAACAAGAAGUUCAGCAGAAUGAAAAUCUGAACAAUCCACCGGCCUCGAACGAUUUUGAUCCGAACAUUCCGUCAACAUCAAAUCAACAUGCUAAUUCUGGAAAUGAGGAACCAUUUUUUCGAUGGUUAGAAAGAGAUAUAGAAAAUGCAAUACUUGCAGAAAGUCAAAAGGCGGUAAGAUUUUGCAAAAACAAUCUAAUGAAUGACUCUACAUAUACAUAUUCAGAGCAAAAAUCCAUUGAUUCCGAAUAAUCAACAAUCAAUGAUGGAGUUUAUAGAUAAAUGCAUAGAAAGUGUCAGAAAAGAAUCGGAACAGGCGGUGAGAGAAUUUUUGGCUCUAUCGCAAUAUAACAAUGCGUCCCAUGGAAAUAUAUGGGUCCGUAAAAAAUAUAUGGGUCCCUCAGAAAUAUAAAAGUCCGUGAAUUUUUUUAUGGGUCCCAAAAAAAUAAAAGGGUCCGUAAAUUUUUUUAAGGGUCCGUGAUUGUUUUCAUAGGUCUGAUUUUUUUGAUUUUUGGAGGAAAAAAAUGUGUGUUUUUUUUAAAUUUUCAAUUGUUUUGUUGUAUUUUUCUUGAUUUUUUGACGAUUCUUUGUAUUUUCGGGGGGUUUACUGAGCCUAAGCCUAAUUAUGAAGCUGAAAAGCCGAAAAUAGAGUUACUAGAGGAUUCGAAAUUCUCUAUUAUUUUAGGCUUAGGCUUAGUAAACCCCCUAGAAAAAUACUGACUGGCUAAAAAAAAUGUGAAAAAAUUACAAAAAAUCACCAAAAAUAAAUAAUUGAAAUUAGAAAAAAUUCUUUUUUUAUGGACCCUUAAAAAAAAUUUACGGACCCUUAUAUUUUUAUAUUUCCAUGGGACCCAUAUAUUGCGAUAGAGCCAAAUUUUUUUCGUGCGUUUGGCCGAAUUAUGAAUUUGUCUAUUUCAGAAUAGGAGUCAACAAGGCGGAAGGCUGGCGGAGUUCAACGAAGAUUGGAUGAAUCCCAAUAUUCCUUCAACUUCAAAUUUCGGAAAUCCCCCGCCUUUGAAUCAUAAUUAUCGAUCGGCUUCCAAUGUCGAAAAUCCAAACAAUCUUCCGAUUGCAAAUGUCGAGUCUGUUCGGAAAAAUCAAAAAAAGAAGAAAUUGACAGUAACAAAUUGUGCAUAUUGUGAGAAACGAAAAUAUUGCGGAGAAAUGACAAGUGUCACAAAAAACGAAAGUGAAUUGAAGAAAUGGAUUGAUAUUCUUGGAAAUACUUUUGAAGCGAAUGUCGCACGAAGGCGUUCUUUACCUAUGAUUUGUUUGUCACAUUUUGAUCUUCCACCUGGAUCGAGGCAACUAAAAAAAAGACAACUUCCGGUGGCGAAUUGUGAGUUGAUUCUAAUCAUUUCUAUAAACAAAAUUCCAUUUUCAGACAACGCAGAUUCCACCAAUGAUGAUAGUAUUCCACUAAAAAAGAAGGGAAGAAAAUUCAAGAGAAUACGUGGUCGGAAGUCGGCGAAAAAGGUCAGCAUUUUGAAAAAUCGAAUUAGAAAUCUCGAAAAAUAUUAGGUUCUGAAAACAUUUUAUGAAUUUUCCAGAACGAUACUAGUCAGGAAGUUCAACAGAAUGAAACUAUCGCUGAAAAUAAUGAUGAUGAAGUUGCUCAGGUUUGUUUUUUGUGACUAUGUUUAGAGAAAAUAUUCGUUGUAGACUCACAAUUCUGGAAUGCUGACGGUAUACUACGAUCAGAAUUGGAUGAAUCCCAAUAUUCCUUCAACUUCAAAUGUUCAAAAUCUGAACAAUCCACAGAAUCAUUAUGAACCUCUUACUUCGAAUUAUUAUGAUCCCAACAAUUUAUGGACUUCGAAUUUUUAUGAUCCGAACAUUCCUACUACAUCAAAUUUUUAUUAUAAUUCAAAUCCUAACAAUCUAAGCAAUGCUUUUCCUUCAAAUCAUUAUAAUUUUGCGCCAAAUUCAAAUUUCGUUGAAUUUCCACCAAGACAAAUUCAAAGAAAUGAAAAUAGACAAGAAGAAGAUGAUGAAGAAGAAGAAGAAGAUUUUGAACAUGAAAAUCUCUAA